AUGCAUCAACUCACCAAGCAUUCUUGCACGGCAAAAGUAUGUAAAUAUAUAUUCUGUUUGCAGUACUAGUAUUACAUUGUCUGCAUGUGAUGCUUGAAUAUAGUUAAAUUGUAUAAGUUUGCAAUUUAGAGUACACAACCAUGAGAAUAACUAUAAUAUUUGCACGUUAGAGAUCAAUGGAAAAGUUUUUUUUUCAAUUAAAUUAGGUUAUUUUCCACUCUUAAUUUCCACUCCAACUGAGUACAUACAACUGAGGCGGGUUUGUGGCAUAGUCUAUAUAUUGUGGAAUUGGCAGUUCAUAUUAUAUUCACCAUCGAAACCAAAAAUUUCAAAGGAAAAUAAACCGACGAAUAAAUGUAGUUGGCGCAACUAUACAGGUUGGCUAUAGACUUGUUCCAUGUCAACUUUUACUAAGCUUCAUUGAGAAAUGAAAUCACAAGCAAAAUUCGCAAAUUACUUCCCUUUGUUUCCCAUGUUGAAGGUUGACGAAAUUUAGCGGAAAUUUUCCGCAUUUUGAAAAAUAUUACUCACUGGCCAUGGAGUAUAUUGUAGACUAUAUAUAAAACAUCUUAUAUAUAUCGGACUAUAUAUAAAACAUCUGAAACGCUGAAUUCCGACCAGUCAGGAUGCGAGGUGCUCGUGGCCACUCUAAAAAUUUUACUAAUACAUGUCUUUUUUAUCAUUAUAAGUCUACCUUUUUUAUUAGGUCGAAGUAGUGAGCAUCAAUCAAAACUCAUUCCGAGAUUUCAUAUCAAAGAAAAGGAAUGUUGAAGCUACUCCAUAUAAAAUGAAACACGUUACGGAUGAAAACAAAAUAUUACAAUUUUUUGUACCACAUCAAGUGAAACGCUUUAAACAUGGAAAGGUUGGUGUGCAGAAAAUAAUGUUGGCGAAGAAAACUGUACGAAUCCUAGUCUCACUUGGAGUGGAGGAUGAAAGAGACAGGGUUCUUUGGUGGACAUGUAUCCCCCACAACCAACUUUUUUUCAGGAAUGUUUCGUCUGAAUAGUUUGUCCAAAUUUGAAUCCGCAUCGCCUCUCGCAUGAAAUACAAAAUACCAUCCGAAUGUACAAAUUUUACGAGUGGAGCAUGCCAUCGAACCAGCCGGUUAACAAGGCCGGCGAGAGCCAACCACGGGCCCCGGGACAAAAUGACGAUUGGUGAACACGGACCCCCUGUCCCUCUCGACUCUCCCGCUAUUUUUAAUCGAAAUCAACGAGAGAAUUGCCAGCGAAUUACUUGCAAGAAAUCGCCGCAUAACUGAUAAAAACGCAAUGUGAAUGAUGUUCAGCCAACUGUUUUUGCUGAUUUUACAUUUGCUACGUUUUACGAUCGAUGACGACGAUCAGCGGAUAGUGUGCAAGUAGGCGUAUUUCAUUUAGGACAAACAUAUAAAGCGAUGAUAAACAAUACGAACAUUUUACCGAGAUUUCCGGACCCCUCUGAGCACUCCGGGUCCCGGGUAUUUUGUUCCGCCCCCCCCCCCUGCCCCCUCCCCCUCUCGCCGGCCUUGAGCCGGUAUGGACCGCUGCUUACUUGCCUUAAUUUCGCGUUCUUAACUUCUUACCUAUUUAUACCAGUGGCGAAGCCAGCCCGACAAUUGCUAUGCAAAUUUUAAAUCAUUAUCAUUAAUAUUCAUUUCUUCAGAAAUUGAUUGCUUUCACGGUCUAUGAACACAGAAAUAUUUGCAUGGCAUGACCAAAUUGUCGGGCUGGCAUCGCCACUGUUAUUCACCUAUAAACUUAUGUGUCAGUAUACUAUAUGACAUCUAAAAUUGCAUGUUACCUAAUCGUUUUCUAUCCAGACUUCCAACUUGCGACCUCUCCUCUCCGGCUCUCCUCACUAAACAGAUAAACCAAAAUAUUUAUUUUAUAUCCAAAAACUCCAUCAAUUGUUAUGUGUUUAUCUAGAAUUACUGUGCUCCCCCAAUUGAAGGGUAUGUAAUGAACACGACGUCAGGCAAUGGAACAUGUCGGAUACCAAAACUUGAUCCAUUUCACCCACACGCCAUGAAGCUUGUGGAAGACCUUAGUGAUCCAUUACGUUGUGAAACGGAACAAAGGGCUACUUUAAGUGGUGGAGUAUUAAAUAUUACUGGUAAGUGAAAUUAACUGUAAGCAAAGGGUGCACUUGCAUCUGCUGCAUCCGUGGUUCCGGCAUCCCUGAUACCCCCUCCCCCUGAGUAAUGUUGAUGUAUGACAUUAUGCUUUCAUUAAGAACGGAUUGCACUGUCUAUAUUUAUGAUACAAUACCAUAACACAACUGAUAUUGUAAAGAGGUGCCCAAAGGUUUUGUCAACAAUUGGAUAAGAUUAUAACUACAGUGCAUUUCGAUUUUGAAUCGGAAUGUUCAACUGCUAGCUUUUUCAUCUAUUAAUGUUUCUACUCUUUCCUACAUAACAUAGCUUCUACUUCUUCCCGCAUUCCUCAACUGACGAGAGAGAAAUAGAUUAUCGUUUUAACCAGAUGUUCAUAACUUUUAAAGGUACAGACGUAGCGUAUGCCGUCUAUCGAUCUAUAGUUCGACCAGAAAGCAAUGACUUUUCAUUCCUGAUGGGCGAUCCUAUUGCAAUUAAUUCCCACAAUUUCCCAGUGCCUCAUGAAUACAUAGAACUGACGUCGAUUCUAACCGAUCAAAAAGUGUUGAAGGAAUAUCUCAUGCAAGUGGUUCCAAGAAAAGAAAUAAUAUCAAGGCCAUCACCUGCAUCAGAAUUAGAUUUAAAUAUCCUUAUCAUUGGCAUUGAUUCUAUCUCUAAUGGCCAUGCACAAAGAAAACUUCCAAAAUCAUACAAUUACAUACGCAAUAUUCUUGAAGGAUAUAUGUUUAUGGGACAUAGUGUGGUAGGAGAUGGUACUACCGAACAAUUAGCGGCAUUUUUAACUGGCCAGGGAGAACAAGAGUACGCUGAAUCAAGACGAGGAGAACCUAAUGCCAAGCCUGUAGAUAACUGGAAUUGGAUAUUCAAGAAAGCCAAAGGUAAGAAAGUAUUUUUGAACCGUUGACAAUCAGUCCAAGAGGUUGUAACACGACUGAAUGAUUUCAAUGACUUCUCUAGUCACUAGUAGUAUCUGGUUUCAUCGAACAGAUAUGCAACAACAAUACAACAUCGACAGAAUUAGAUGUAACGCUGGAGUAAUGUUAACCAGUCGAAACGAUACAUUAAUUUAAAUAUAGGCACAUGUAGAGACUAAUUUAUGUGCGUGCCUUUCAUCUGCGACUGGCCUUUGAUUCCUUGAAUACGAUAAAGUGUCUUAUGUGUGGAGUGCGCUUUCAAUUUGACUUUACUAAACAUCACAGGUUGCAUUUUCUUUGGGUGCUUUGUCCUUUUCUGCAUUAACGCUGGAAAACAGGGGAACGUAACAGUUUAGAACAAACAGAUAAACUCCGUUUAAUUUAGUUUGGUUUACCAUUCUCAGAUUUUCUGAUCUUACUUGAUUCAAUCAUCUCUCACAAAAACGUAACUUAAAUCUCAAUUGACAUUCAAAUUUGGCAUUGAUUGAUUACCCACUUUACAUUUUUUGUAGCACAUGGUUACGUGACAUCAUUUUGUGAAGACUCGCCUGGUAUAGGAACUUUUCAAUACAGACUACUUGGUUUUCAAGAUCCACCAACCGAUUAUUAUCCACGAGCAUUUUUCUUAGCUGCAGAGGAAUCUUACUCUAACAAGAAUCCUCAUUGUUAUGGCAGUGAGAAAAUAUAUAAUUAUCAUCUUAAUCUAGCAACGAAAAUCUUCGAGCAGUAUCCUGAACGAAAGAAAUUUAUCUUUCACUUUCCAGGUAAAAUAUUAUUCAACACCACUAGACCAGGCAAUUUUGUAUCUAAAAUUAAAAAGCUGAUUAAUAAUUCAUGGUGAAAAUAGAAAAGCCACUACGAGUGAUUUUUGAAAAAAGUGCCAAAAUUGCACGAGCCGUUGAGGCGAGUGCAAUUUGGCACAUUUUUCAAAAAUCAUGAGUAGUUAAUCAUUAAUUGCACGACUUGCCCGUGUGAUUAUUUAUUUAUUAUAUGCAUGACAAAAUUGCUUCCAUUAAAAUUCAAAUGCAUUUUGUCAAGAGUUUUUAAUUCUCUUGUAAGAAAUUUGGCAUAAACAAACGUGGGAAAUGAUCAUAAACUCAUAACGUGAUCAUAAACUCACGAAAUGAUCAUAAACUCACAAAGGCACAUAACGUAAACUAGAACACAUGAUUCAAACUCAAACAACAUAUUUUAGAGUAAGAAAAUCUUUAUAAAUUGUUUUUAAUACAGACUUACAUAGUCAUAGACAUAGACAUAAUGGUCACUUUUCGCUGGAUCCCGCCGAGAUUAUUUCUUAAAACUGUUUCCAGGUAUUUUCCACAGGCUCUUUUUGCCAUACUAUGUUUUUUAAACUCAUGCUUGUGCCACAAUUUAGUUAAAUUGAUUUAUUCGUCCACGUUUGUUAUUUAUACAUGAUAAAUUUCGCCGCCAUAUUGGAUUUUUGUUGUUUUAAUAUUUUGAUUUCCCGCUCCCCCCAGCCAUCACGAAAAUCGUUAAUUACACUCCUGGAGAGUGCAAUUAAUGAAAUAAUUGCACUCCUUUUAACCAAUCAGAUUGCAGUAAUUUUGCAUGUAUAUAAUAACUAUAUGUUACGAAAAAGGCCAAACAUUCGAAAGCACCAAUUAUAUUUACAAUUUUUGCUGCAAUUUCUAGUGUACGAUUUUCUUCUUCUAUUAAUGCAUGUGAAAGAAGUAGAUUUGUUAUGAAUCUUCUGUAUAUGUACCCAUAGCAUUAGCCUAUCGAAGGGAAGAUGGCUGUGAAACUUAUUAGAAUAACAAUAUAACUCAUUAUCUAUGUUAAUCAACGUUUAUUCAUAAAUCUGGUCCUUCACCGUCACGUGUGUAUUGUAUUUUGCCCAACUACCCAAUAGCAAUGUUUUAGGAAAGUUACCUAUCCGUGACUCAAACAAUAGGGAAAUAGGCAAUUCCAGCUUUUAGUUUAUGCGUGCAGGGGAUGAUGGGAAGUAAGGUAUCAUAUUGCUGAUUAUGCUGAAAAAAUAAAAAUGGUGGCCGUAUAAACACGGAGUGAUAGCUUAUAGUUGUAAAUAUUGAAAUAUUUCGGUUGUUUUGGCAGUUUUUAUUAAAAUUUUUCAGCAUAAUCAACAAUAUGAUACCUUACUUCCCAUCAUCCCCUGCACGCAUAAACUAAAAGCUGGAAUUGCCUAUUGGAAAUUGCUAUUGGCGGAUUUGACAAAAUACAAUACACACGUGACGGUGAAGGACCAGAUUUAUGAAUAAACAUUGCCAAAUAUAGAUAAUGAGUUAUAUUGCUAUUCUAAUCAAUCUAAUGAGUUUCACAGCAAUCUUCCCUUCGAUAGGCAAUGCCUCACCUGAACAUUCAUAACUCAUCCACUCGUUCACAUCUAACAGAGGAAGAACAUCGCACCUAAAAUAGCAGCAAAAAUUGCAAGUAUAUAAACAGGCCUUAACAGAACAUGAGAACAAAUGCUGAACUAUACGUGUAUGUUAUCAGCAGUAAAUGUAUUUUCUGAUUUCAGGUGAAAUAUCACACGACAGUUUUAAUGCAGUGCAACUUAUUGACAAGGAUCUGCUGCAGUUUCUCACAAAAUUUAACACGAAAGGAUAUUUAAAUAACACUUUACUGAUCCUGUUGGGUGACCAUGGUUGGAGAUAUGGUGACUUCAGGCAGACGGUACAAGGAAAAUUGGAGGAAAGGCUUCCACUUUUUUCCAUGACAUUUCCAAAAUGGUUCAAACAAAAAUACCCAACUGUGGCAAAGAAUCUUAGGACUAAUACUAAACGGUUGACAAGUUGGUUCGAUCUUUACGCCACGUUCAAUCACCUGUUGGAGUAUCCAAAUAAGCCGAGAAAUUUGAAACAUGGUAUGAGCCUACUGUCAAAAAUACCUGUGGAACGUUCGUGCAAAGAUUCAAGUAUUCCACCACACUGGUGCCCGUGUGUGCAGUGGUCAGCAGUCGACCAUAAACACGAACAUUCACAGCAAGCGGCGCUUACAGCAAUUAAUCAUAUUAACGAUUUGAUUUUUCAUGAACCCUUGGGAGCAGAAAGGUGUUCAGAACUUAGACUUCUAAAACUAAUUCGAGCAGAAGUAGAAAUCCCAACUACACAAGUACUCAGGUUUUCACAGUCGGGAAAAGAUGGUUAUGAACCGGAAUAUUCAUCCGAUAAAAUACAACCAAAAGACAGUUGUAGCUAUCAGGUUACUUUUAUUACACUUCCAAAUCAUGGUGUGUUCGAAGCAAGCGUGCAUUAUGUAUAUGGCCGGUUCCUUGUCAAGGGUAGCGUCAGUAGAAUUAAUAAAUAUGGCGAUCAGCCAAAAUGUAUAGCCAAUUUAUUACCUCAUUUAAGAAAAUAUUGUUAUU